ACAUAGUCGGUCCUCUGCUCUCCGGCUCCUGCUCCUUCUCCGGCUCCUCCUCCGCAGCCGCCAUUUUACGAGACUGCCGUAAAGCGGCGCAGUCGAGGCUGGAUCGAGGGGACGCGGAUGGCGGCAGCCGCGGCGGUUACACGGGUGGGCUGGAGGCAGGGGGUCCUCUAUCUGCCCCGCCGCGGCUUCGCUUUCCACGGUUGCCGGCCAGGGCCGGAAAGGGGAGCAGAGCCCGGGGACUCCACGCAGAGCCGGGUGUCAAGAUCCUGCCCUCCUGGAAAAUCUUGCAAUGAUUGGAUUGGACCCCCAGAUAGAUAUUCAAACCUCCGACCAAUCAAAUUUUAUAUCCCUGAAAAUGAAUCUCCUUUGGAACAGCAGCUUAGAAAAUUAAGACAAGAAACACAAGAAUGGAACCAACAAUACUGGGCAAACCAGAAUCUGACAUUUAAUAAGGAAAAAGAAGCGUUUAUUCACUCAAGAUUGAAAGCUAGAGGUCUGGGACUGAAAGACGAAACAGGUAAAAAAAUAACAUUGAAUGCAGAAGAAAUGGCAGACUUUUACAAGGAAUUCUUAAGUAAAAAUUUUCAAAAGCAUAUGUACUAUAACAGAGACUGGUACAAACGUAAUUUUACUAUCACCUUGUUCAUGGGAAGAGUGGCUCUAGAGAGGAUUUGGAAGAAGCUUGGAUUCAAACAGAUGAAGAACAAUUAGAAGCAUGCCUGCAUCUGCCUUUACCAGCUCUUUGCUGACUGUGACAUACAUCUAUUUACCUUGAACAUAAUUAUUUCAUAUGAAAAUGACUUGACAAACUCAACUUUUGUAGAUGAUAAAGAAAAUUUUUUUAAGUAACCAAAAGGUUUUAAAAAUUUUUUCCAUUGAGAGUCACUUUUAUAUUCCUGCCACAACAACCCAAGCCCUUAAUGUAAUUUAUAUGACUUGGAAUAGAUUGUGGAAGAGUUAUUUCAAGACAGAGGUGUGGUUCAGAGAACUUUCAGGUUUCAGCUUGCUUUUGCUCCACAUGAUUUUUCCUGAUAAAGAUAAAUAUUAUGAUCAUUUAAAUUCUUGAGUUUGCAGUUUUUGGUCAGCAUGUUUUGAGAUAAGAUCAAGGUUCUAUAAUUCAUUGUGCCAGACUUACCUAAAAUAUGCUUUAAAAGGAAUUGAGGUUCCCCUUAUGAGGUAAUCACAGUUUGAGGUAAUUAAGCCAUCAUAAACAUUAACUAUCCCCAGUAUAUAUAUCCAUGUGCUGGUCAGACAUCAUAUCUGUUGCCAAAGAUUUAGAGAAAUACUUGGUCCUUAUUUUGAAAUUGAAUAUCCUUUGAAACAAAGCUUUGAAGUUGUGACUAUAUUGCAAUUAAAAAUUUAUGUUUUUUUUUUAAAUAAAUGAAUAAGAAUGUGGGUACGUCCAAAUGAAACUAUAACUGUUGUUCAAAAUAUUUCUGGAAUUCCUCUCCAGAAGUUACCUCCUAAUCUUUUGAAUAUUUUAAUUUGUAAUAUAUCUUUAUCCUCAAAGGGUGAUUGGAAUUUUUGAAACAUUGAGAAGCCAUGUCUAGCAAAUGAAGCAAAUGCUGAUUGGGAUAGCUUUGGGUUCCAAACAAGCUGUGAUUCUAAAAUAGUGAGUGGUUUUUUCCUGUGGCUAUUUUAAACUGGCCUCAAGUGUCCCAAAAUAGGUUUCUGAAAUUAUCUUUAAGGUCUUUAAGGUGCUAUGAUAGCAGCCUGCAUGUUGAGCUAGUAAAAGAAAUUAUUUUGUUCUACUGGCUUAAAUCAUCCCUUUAGUAAUGGGACAGAUCAGCACUGAAUAGUGCUUGACAAACAGUGCUACUGAAUAAGGCAUCAAUGGACUUUUAGCAAGAACCCCUGGAAAGAAUGAAGAAUUCCAGUGAUCUGGAACUGGUUUAUUGAACUUUUUUAUAUAAAUAUGUUUCUCUCAAGAAGAAAAUUUUGAGAAACUCAAAACAUCUGACUUGAAUUCACAAAAGCAAGAAAAUGUCUCCAGUUUCACAGUAAGAUGAAACUUAAUGUCAGGGCCCUUUGAAAUUUGGAGUUAAAAGGUUCUGGUGUUAAAAAUAUUAUAUUCCUUGACCAAGAUAUCUUGGCCAGGGAUUUUGGAGCUUUAUUGAGCAGAGUUCUUUGCUGAUCUGUUCUUCACCUCUUAAAUUUGGCCUAAUCUCUGCUAACUUUGUAUUCCUUUGUCAUCUGCCUUAAGAACAUCAGGUUUUGAGAAAAAGCCAUAUGUUAUCAGUAUUGUGGGGAAAGCACCAAAUUUGAAAGUCAGGGAAAUUCUAAUUCUGGUUUAGGCUUUUAAUCGUUGUGUGAUCUUGGAAAGGUCAAUUCUUUUUAGACCUCAGGUUUCUUUUUGGUAAAGGAUCUAUAUAUUCCAAUAUACUUCUCUCAAAAUAUGUUUUUCAUUUUAUAGAGCUUUUGUUGGCAGAAUGCUUUUAGCAACUGAAUACAUAAAUAUGAUUACUAAAAUCAAAAUCGAUCAGAUCAUCUUUUAAGAAAUAAUAGUCGGUCAUGUCUCAAUGCCAAAUGUUAACUUGGGAUUCUUUAGUGUCAACUCUGUUUAUUACUGGAGGUAUAAAUGUGCUGACGGAAGUGAUAGGAAAUAAGGAUGUACUUUGGCUUUAAGCUUAUCCUGAAUUAUAAAUAUUUGAGAUAAGUAAUCAUUUUAAUGUUACUGAUGUCACAGAUAAACAGAAGUAAAUAAUUUCAAGAUCAUUUUGAAUUGAUCCAGAUUGUAUGUGUACAGAAAACUAUUUUAUUUAUAUCAUUUCUUUUUAAAAGAAAAUCUUCCUCAAUUUUCUAUGACAUUAUAAGUAACCAUCUUCAAAUUUUGGGAUUUAAUUUUGGUUGUAUCAGUAUUUAAAUUUUUAAAUAUUUUUUUCCUGUGCAAAUGUUGUUAUGUACAUUUCCAUUUGGUAGAAAUUAUUGUCAUCAGUGCUUUUAAAAAUUAAAUUAAAAAUUAUGUGUUUUCUA